UCUAUCGGGGGUUGUGGUACAAACCCAAUAGAGAAGGUCCACAGCUCGAGAAGGGGAAUAGUAGGAUCCACACAGUCGUUCGUGAACGAGAAUAGCCGGGUCUGCACUGUAGUUCGAACGGGGAUACCUGGAUCCAUAUAGUUGUUUGCGAACGAACGACAUCGUUCGCGUACGACUCACCUCAAAUAGAGCCUUUGUUGCUAUGUGUCUCUUACAUUCGAAGUCAGGUUCAAUUCGUUAUUUGUGGCGCAUUCUCUUAUAUUAGUAAUUUUUUUUUAGAUCAAUAGCAUAACUUGUGCUUUCUUGCUCCUGUAUAACAUUGAAAGAAAAGGUGAUAUGAACAACAUGUCUUGUUGAAGCUAACAUAGUCCAAUAGGGAAAAAAAGCUAUUCUAUUAACAUCUGUGGAAGAAGACUUUUGAGAAUGACCAGUUUGAAGAUAAGCAAUGAUUCCAUACAGAUGACAUGAGAAAAUGUUCAAUAUCUUAUUCUUUUCGAAGAAGUCGUUUUAGAGCAUAGAGGAUGGAUAAAUCUGUAAAGGCGGAAAAAACUCUUAAGGCCUGUGAUUCAUCAGCUAAAGCAUUUGCUGCGGAUACAAAUGUUGAAAUUCAAACUAAUUCCUGUAAUACACAACUAACAUCCGGUUUUCAAAUUCAUACUGGAGAAAAUUCCUAUUGCGAUUUAGGUUAUAAAGGAAUUUCUGAGAAACGGAAUUUGGAACGACAUCUCCACACUCAUACGAAAGCAAAACCUUAUUCUUGUAAGGUAUGCUGUGAAGAAUUUUCUACGGAUGGUGAUUUAAAUAUGCAUUAUCGAACUCAUAUAAAUGAAAAGCCUUUUGUUUGCGAUGUGUGCAUGAAAGCAUUUUCUCGAAAAAUUAAUUUCAUUAAGCAUUAUCGAAUUCAUAAAGGUAUUUCUGGAAAAACUGCAAUGAUGAAAAACUUUUUAACUCACACAAAGGAAAAACCUUACUUAUGUGAUGUAUGCUGUAAAGAAUUUUCUCUUAGAAGUAGUUUAAAUAAGCAUUAUCGAAUUCAUACAAUUAAAAACCAUCUUGUUUGCGAUGUGUGCAUGAAAGCAUUUUCUCGAAAAAUUAAUUUAACUAAGCAUUAUCGAAUUCAUAAAGAUAUUUCUGGAAAAGGUGCAAUUAUGAAAAACUUUUCAACUCACACGAAGGAAAAACCUUACUUAUGUGAUGUAUGCAGUAAAGAAUUUUCUUUUAGAAGUGGUUUAAUUUGUCAUUGUCGAAUUCAUACAAAGGAAAAACCGUAUGCAUGUAAUUUUUGCAAGAAAACUUUUGCUCGGAAAGGUCAUUUAAAUUUACAUUUUCGAACCCACACAAAAGAAAAACCUUAUUCUUGUGAUGUAUGUUUCAAAGAAUUUUCUCUUAAAUGUAAUUUAAAGGCGCAUUAUCGAACUCAUAGAGAUUAAAAGCUUUAUGUUUGUAAUGCGUGCAUGGAAACAGUUUUUAGAAAUAAGUCAAUUAAUUGAGCAUUCUAGAAUUCAUACCGGUAAUAAACUAUAUUCUUGUGAAUUAUGCUGUAAAAUAUUUGCUCAGGAAAGGAGUUCAAGAUCCUUGCAUCACUCAUAUAAAAGAAAAACCGUUCACUUGUAUUGUUUGCAAUAAAAGGUUUUAUCAGAAGAGCGAUUUGAAGAUAGAUUUCCAAAAUCAUUAAAAUGAAGAGAUCUAAAUCAAUAUUAGCGAAUUCAUUUAAUUCAAGAAACAUUUUCGAAUUCUCACAAAUCCUUUUCUUGUGAAGUAUACACUUGAAAGAAUUCUUACUGAAAGAUACGUUUAGUAAAAAUAAUAUUUUUCAUGAAAAUGAGAAGCCUUUUCUUCCGGAAAAGGUCUUUCAAAGAAAGUGAGUUAUCCAAGAAAGAAUGAUUGAUUACCAAUGAUUAUUAAAUAAUUGUCUCAAUGAUUAUGUAAAUAUGUAAUUUCUUAUUCCUACGAUUUAAAACCUCUUUUCUCGGGACCUGCAAAAAUGAAAUUUCUUAUAAAUAUUAUUUCGAUAAAUAUUUU